GAAGAUCGCAGGAUGUGUUCAAUAAUCAGUGAAGAAGUGUAGGAAGGAAAGUGCGCUUAGUAAACAUUCCGCUAAAAUGUUCAGCUGACGUUAUAUAGUUAUUCCUUGAGCAUAAAUGUAAAGCUAAACAUAUAUUUGUAAUUUGUAACGUCGUUUCUGUGUUAUUGUGUUUGUGCGCAUGACUUGAAAUUAGCGACUCACAAGCAAGAAGUCGCCAGGAGAAGUUUUAACAGUCUUCGGUCAGGAGAGGAUUGUUAUGUUUUUUCGUCAUGAGUUAUACUUUUUAAAGAUUUUUAACUUAUGGAUGAAAUGCCGUCACUUUCGAGUAAUGACUGUAAUGACCGCGUUGGUGGGAAAAAGGUGAAGAAAAAGAAAAAGAGAAGUAAAUCUACAGAGCAGCAUGAACUCACUGAAAGUCCACAGGAACAGACUGAGAAACGCCGUAAAAAGAAGAAGAGGAGAAACAGUAUUCAGGAAACGGAUAGUAAUUUGCAAACAAAGAAAAGAAGAAAGCUGGAUAAAGAAGGCGAGACUUCAGUGAUGGAUGAUGGUGUCUCAAAUCAGCAUGAAGAACAAACACAAGAGCUCCAGGGUUCAAGGGAAGGGAAGACUUCUAAAAGAAAGAAAAAGAGAGAAAAGCUGAAACAAACACAAGAGCUUCAGGGUUCAAGGGAAGGGAAGACUUCUAAAAGAAAGAAAAAGAGAGAAAAGCUGAAACAGACAAACUGUGAAGACAUAACAAAAGAACAGACUGACAUCAGGACAGAGCAUGAGGAAGAGCCAAACACGAGUGACCCGCCUGAUUUAAUCAUUACUGAUAAAAAGCGCGAAAGUAAAACUCCAAAAAAUAACAUUGAUUCAAAGUUCAUGGAAGAACUGAACGAAUGGGUCCCUAAAAUGAAAUUAAGAUGCAAGAGUUAUAUGAAUGAUAUAAUAAGGUAUGAACUGUCAAGGUUCAAGGAGUUUAGAAAACAAGGCAUCGAAAUGAGAACUGGAAGAUUUUCCACUGCAGAAAAUGAAAGGUUAAGGCAGAACGUAAACAACUUUAUGGCUCUCACAGGAGUGACAGAUGCUGUCAAGCUCUUUUUUCCCAGCCGGUACCCAAAAGAAGCAAAUGCACUGAGAAAGUUGAAAAAGAAGCACAGGUUUUUUGAAAGUAUUGCGGAUGGAAUUCCCAGGUUUUGUAAUGAUGUUUACGAUCGUGGAGCGAGGGUCUAUGAUGAUAGAAACUAUAAGGGACAUUUUUCUGAGGAAGAAGUAAAAUUACUGCUCAAGUAUUAUAAACGAUAUGGCAGGGACUUUAAAAAGAUUUCUGACAAGACAAAUCGAAGUUGUCGCAGCCUUGAGAGUCGGCUUUUAUUCAUAACUGAAAGAAAGGGACCGUGGAGUUCAAAGGAGGUGCAGAGGCUUUUAAGGGCUGUGCGAGACUAUGUUGUAUCUGUGCUGAAGUCUGCAAACCCUAAUCAAAGGAAACCAAAAAGAGUCAAUAAAGAAAUACUGUACAAAAAAUUGCCCUGGACUAAAAUUGCUGGGCAGGUGAAAACUCGAUGUUGGAUGACAUGCAAAUCGAAAUGGAUGACUAUACUCACUGCUCGGAUGUCCUCAGGGACUACAUUUAGAGGCAGAAAAUCUCAGGAGGCCAAAAUCAAACUCAUUAAAGCAAUGUAUGAAUUGCAAGUGGAGGAUGCUGUGGAUGUUCCCUGGGAGGAUCUCACAGCUGUUUUCGGGGAUGUCCUUCCAUCAUACGUUCAAUCAAGGUGGCACAAGCUUAAAGUCAACCAUGUGCCAGAUUGGAAAAACAAGUCUUUUGCAGACAUUGUUGACUUUCUCUAUGAGAAUGUUUUGCCAGGCCUGGUGAAAGACUGCGAAGACCUUGAUGAUGAUGAACUAAAGGUUGACCAGAUGAACAGUUUCCGGCUAGCAGAUAUUUUUCAGGACAUUAAUGAGGAUGAAUGCUGUGACAGUGAUGAAGAAACUGGCCAGCAGGAGAAAAGCAGCUCUGCUUAAUCAGUUGCAGUCAGUGGAAAUAUUUGGAUGUUUUAAAGAAGAGAUGUGUUCAGGUUGUACAUAGUUGCCUUUUUAUUCUUGUGGUUUUUAAUGAAUCGGGGAGCAAGUAAACUGCAGUUUUAUUGCAUUUUAAAUUUAUUCUGUAUAUAAAAUAUGAUUCAUUUUGUUUGUUAAACAAUUGUUUUUACUAUUGUGCUCUUAGAACACUUUUUAACACAGGGAUAUGUUGUUUUAUAUUUGGUUUUUCUUUAUUAAAAAAACCUUUAUUUGAAAACUGCAA